GCGUACGAGUUGCAAUUCACCGCCUGUUCUGUUCGAUUCUUAGCCCUCCUUCGACCCCUAUUCGCUUCCUUUGUAUUGUUCAUGUAAUUCUAACGUUAUUCCUACUACUACCCACACACCUACACAAGCAAGCAGGUCUUGAGCAGCAUGGCACUACUUGUGCCGUUUGUGCUGUUAGCAUACCUCGUCCUCUACUCCUUCGCCUUCUCGAUACCACGGCUUCCCGAGUUCCUGUCCGCUGGUCGCGUUCCGCAGCAGCAGAAGCCGCUGAGGGAUACGCUAGAUGCGUGGAUAGAGAGGGAGGAGCGGAUAGCACUUGAGAAGUUGCUGGAUAAUGUGAAGCCAGGCGGCAGGAACGUGGAAGGGAAGGGUGUGGUUGAUGGGACCGUAGUAGCAAGUCCUUCGACUAGGGAGCCGGAUUACUGGUUUCAGUGGGUUCGAGACGCAGCCAUUACUACAGGCACGCUCGUAGACUUAUACGCCGAUGAUCCCUCCUCUUCCCUCUCCGCCACCCUCUCCACGAUCCUCGACGCCUAUGCAAAGCUCCAAUAUGACAUCCAGCAUACUGACAACCCAUCGGGGACCUUCGAAACAAAGCAGGGUCUGGGCGAACCUAAAUUCCACAUCGAUGGCUCGGCCUUCAGAGGGAACUGGGGACGACCGCAACGCGAUGGCCCAGCUCUCCGCGCCAUAACACUCAUGUCGUACCUGCGGGCCUACAAUACCUCCCACCCGUCUUUGUGGGACAGCAAUGAAGGCGACAGCUUUUUCGAUCUGCUCUACGAGCCCAGUAUGCCUGCUAAGAGCAUCAUAAAAGCGGAUUUGGAGUAUGUGAGCCAUUUCUGGAAUGCAACGGGCUUCGAUCUCUGGGAGGAGGUCGACGGACUGCAUUUCUUUACCGCAAUGGUGCAGUGGCGGGCGUUGAAGGAGGGAAGCGAGGUCGCAAGAGCGUUCGGCGAUAACGGUGCUGCCAACUGGUAUGCCGAGCAGGCUUCGUACCUAGAGCGUUUCGUGAGGAGAUUCUGGAACUCGAGGAAGGGCCAUUUGGUCGAGACGCUAUGGAGUCAUCGGACCGGACUGGACUGCGGUCUCUUACUUGGCUCUAUCCAUGCGUACCCUGAUGAAGAGGCCCCUUUCGAACCGUUAUACCCGCCAUAUUCGGAUGAGGUUCUUGUCUCGCUACUAGCCCUCGUGCAGGAUCAGCGAACGAGAUUUCCGAUUAACAGCAAGCCGGAGGAGGACUACGACACUCCUAUCGGCACAAACAUCAUGGAAGGCGUAGGACUAGGUCGCUACCCCGAAGACAUUUACGACGGCUACGGUACCUCCAACCGCGGCGGAAACCCCUGGUUCCUGUGCACCUCCUCGGCCGCCGAAGUCCUAUACCGGACCGCAACCCAAGCGACUUCCACCUCCAAUCUCACCAUCAGCCCCAUCGGCAUGCCUUUCUACGAAGCCCUCCUCGCCUCAUCCUCCCUAACACCCGAGCCUGGCGUGACCUAUGGACCUAGUGACGCCGUAUACCACUCUGUUAUCGAGAGACUAAAGCUCAUCGGGGAUGAGUUCCUGGAAAUAGUGAAGAUGCAUGUUGAUGGCGCCGGUGCCAUGAGCGAACAGUUCGAUCGCGUGACGGGGUAUAUGCGCGGUGCAAGGGAUUUGACGUGGAGUUAUGGGGCCUUUUUGCAGGCUGUAAGGGCGCGGAAGGCGUUGGCGGAAGCGUUUUGAUGGAGUCGGCGCGAAUGGGUUUGCAGGUGAAAGCAAGUGAAAUUAGAGGAGGGUGUCUAGAGGAGGAUGCAUUAUGAUGGUAU